AAGCUGCUCAGAGCGCGCGUCUUGAUCUCCCCCGCGCUGCAGAAACAGGGGUCCUGCAUUUCGUGUUCGAAUUGUGUGAGUCGAAACACUGCUGCGGGCACUGCCAUUGCGACACCGCCGCCUCUGCCUCCGUCUAGACACCGCUCCACCCCACGCCUUCCAAGCUCCGUGACGAGUCGACGACCACCUGCCCAGCUGCUCACAUCGCCAAGUGAGUCACGAAACACUCCAGGAACGCAUAAAGCCCAGCAACACCGCCAAUGGCUGGCAACGGCAUCGAGGCCAAGAUGGAAGAUCUCAAAGUCGAGGGCAGCAGCGUCGCCAACGCUAGUGCCGAUGCCUCUACCGGAGCUGCACCAACCGAUAAGCCUAAGAAGCAAGAGAAGGAGCGCAAAGACCAGAAUGCGGGCAAGAAGCCCAAGGAGAAGAAGGACAAGCCACCACAAGGUCAGGGCCAGGCGAAGAAGAAGGCCGACGGCCCCGAAUUGAUUGGAAUCACUGAACCAAAGACGGGCGACCUGUCGGAAUGGUAUCAGCAAGUCAUCCUCAAGGGCGACAUGCUCGACUUUACCGAUGUUCCAGGAUGCUACAUCUACCAGCCUGCCUCGUACCGGAUAUGGGAAUUCAUCCAGGACUACUUCAACGAGCGCAUUCGCAAGAUGGGCGUCAAGAACUGUUAUUUCCCACUCUUCAUUUCGGAAGCCAACUUGCAGCGUGAAAAGGACCACAUCGAGGGCUUCGCUGCCGAAGUCGCUUGGGUCACAGAGGGCGGAAAGUCGAAGCUGGAGAAGCGAUUGGCUGUGCGUCCUACAUCUGAGACGGCCAUGUACAGCUUCUACAGCAAAAAGAUUCGAUCACAUCGCGAUUUGCCGCUCAAGAUGAACCAGUGGAAUAACGUGGUCCGGUGGGAGUUCAAGCACGCCGUUCCCUUCCUGCGAUCUCGCGAGUUCUUGUGGCAGGAAGGACAUACUGCGCAUUUGACAGAGCAAGAGGCGGGUACCGAAGUCAUGCAGAUCCUCGACUACUAUGCGCAAAUUUACGAAGACUUGCUUGCCGUGCCAGUCGUCAAGGGGCAGAAGACCAAGAACGAGCAGUUCCCAGGCGCGUACUACACAAAGACCAUUGAAGGUUUCAUCCCAGCUGUUGGUCGUGGUAUCCAGGCUGCGACAUCCCACUGUCUUGGACAACAUUUCGCAAAGAUGUUUGACAUUACCGUGGAGGAUCCACACCAGGAAGUUGCAGCAGGAGCCACCCGCAACAAGGUGCACGUCUGGCAGAACAGCUGGGGAUUCACAACUCGGUCCAUUGGUGUCAUGGUUCUCGUGCAUGGUGACAACAAGGGUCUGGUCAUCCCACCACGUGUUGCCGAAGUGCAGGUCGUCAUCGUCCCAGUGGGCAUCACAGCCAAGACCACUGACGACGACCGCAAGAAGCUCUACGAUGAGGUCGAAGGCCUUCGCACAAUUCUCGAGGACGCUGGUGUGCGCGUGGAGAGCGACAUGCGCGAAGGCUACUCUCCAGGCUACAAGUUCAACGACUGGGAGCUAAAGGGCGUUCCCCUCCGCCUCGAGUUUGGACCAAAGGACUCCGCAAACCACGUCGUCACAACCUCCCGCCGUGAUCAAGAAGGCAAAGGCACAAUCGAAAUUCCAAAUCUCGCCAAAGACGUCCCUGCUCUUCUCGAACAAAUCCAAGCAGACAUGUUCAAGAAGGCUUCAGACGAAUAUGCUUCGCACCGCAAGGUCAUCCGCGAAUGGAAGGACUUUGUGCCAACACUCAACGACAAGAAUGUGCUUCUCGUCCCACACUGUCUCGGCGGCCCAUGCGAGGACCAAAUCAAGGAAGACUCCAAGGGUAACAUCGAAGGCCAAGAAGUCGAUGCUCGCGCUCCUUCAAUGGGUGCCAAAUCUCUCUGUAUCCCUCACGACCAGCCAGAGCCAAUUGCAGAGGGCACUCUUUGCAUUAACCCGAAGUGUGGCCAGAAGGCCGAACAAUGGGUCAUGUUUGGACGUUCUUACUAGUUGCUUCUUGUGUUCCGCGACUUUUUGAGCGAUAGCGUUGGGGAGUGUCUGGUACGGGGACGGUUUACUGGGCACAUGGGGAGCAUGAGAGAGACGAGAGAUGAAAUCAGAACGCAGUGAAAUUGCACGUAGAUCCAAGAAAUACAGGCAAUGCUACCACAUCAAAGUUUCAAAAACACUGACUGUGAUUUCUCAGUGUGUCAUGUACGUUAAGAGGGUAUCUUCAAAGGAGGCGAAGAAGCCGUCCGACCAUGCCGCCAACGCCUGCACCAGGAACACCAGUUACACCUUUUUGGUAGAAUCAAGUCGAAGACAAUGCCCCACCAUGCGCCGCCUCUCCAUCUGGACUAUACAAUGCUUCCGUGCUCGCUGUCCUUCUCAUGCUCUUCUUCACCUCCACAGCCCUCCUCUGCUCCACGAGUUCAAGUCUUUUCCUCAUGACAAAAGCACUUUUAAUCAAGUCGUUGACCUUUUCUGGCUCCUCAGAGACUUUGAUCUUGUUGCUCAUGUACGCCCAAAACUCGCUCUGAUCUUCACAGUCCAUGAGACCUUUCUGAUGAAUUGCAAGUAACGUCAAAGCGACAUUGAAGAUGAACGUCU